AAUUGUUACUUAUGAUUGCCUCUUUAUUGUAGUGAUAACUUCUGCUAGUAUAUGAAGAACUCAUUGGAGAUCAUUGUAAUUGUGGAAGAACGGCCUAUGAUUUUCUUGGGUCUAUACAAUUGAAUAAGUCCACCCACCAACAAAAAAGGACAACCAUUAGGCCCACUCAUUUAAUUACUGACAGUUUCGUUAUGGGUUUGACUUGUGUGCAAGGCAAGCUUCUGAACCUUCUUCAUAUUGGGUUAAGAACAAAACUUACACUCACAAGUAAGCAAUGGAAGAAUCCAAUACAGAUCCCAACCUCAACCCACGCAAAAUGCACAUCUUCAUUCUAUCCGGCCAGAGCAACAUGGCCGGUCGCGGAGGCGUCAUCAAGACCUACGACGACCACCACCACCGGACGAUACAGCACUGGGACGGCGUCGUACCGCCGGAGUGCAGCUCUGACCCUUCCACCUACCGCCUCAGCGCCGCCCUCCGAUGGGAACAAGCACAUGAGCCCCUCCACGCCGACAUCGACACCAAGAAAGCAUGCGGGGUGGGUCCCGGCAUGAGCUUCGCGAACGCUGUGCGGCGGCGCGUGGACUCUCCUUUGGGAUUGGUGCCGUGCGCGGUGGGGGGCACGGCCAUAAAGGAGUGGGCGCGUGGGGAAGAAUUGUACGAGAACAUGGUGAAGAGAGCGAAGGAGAGCGUGAAGGAAGAUGAUAAGAGCGAGAUCAAAGCGUUGUUGUGGUACCAAGGAGAGAGCGACACGUCAAGUGAGGAAGACGCUGAGGGUUACAAGGUCAAUAUGGAGAAUCUCAUCCAAAACGUUCGUCAAGACCUUAAUCUCCCUUCUCUUCCAAUCAUUCAGGUUGCAAUAGCUUCGGGAUCUGAGUACAUGGAGAAAGUGAGAGAGGCACAAAAGGCGAUUGAUAUUUCGAAUGUGAUGUGCGUCGACGCCAAGGGAUUGCAGUUGAAGGAAGAUAAUCUUCACCUAACUACAGAGGCUCAAGUUCAAUUGGGUCAAAUGCUUGCCGAGGCUUAUCUUACACAUUUUCAUCCUUGUUGAAAGUUCAAAAUUCAAAUUCAGAUCUUGUUUGUUUUGUCAUUCUAUGUUGGUGUGUGCUUGUGUUGGUCUGUUGGACUAAUUUUCACUGUUUUAGUAUCUCUCGUCUCUCAAAUUUAGAUCUAAAUAUCAUA